AUGGUCGCCAAUAUCGGCAGCUUGGCUGCUCGCGUAGUCUUCCUCAUGUCUACCCGCCCCAUCGCCGAGAGGGCAGACGCCGCCUCUUACACCAGCAACGCCGUCUCCUCUAUCAACGUCCUCCAGAAUACAUGGUACAGCGUCAGCACCGGUCUUUGGGAUAAUGCCUGGUGGAACAGCGCCAACGCCUUCACAACCCUGGCCGACUUCGCCGACCUCAACCGCGACGCUGCCAACCAGCUCAACAUCGGUGGCAUCCUCAGAAACACCUUCAACCAGGCCCAAAAGACCACGGCCUCCGUCUCCAAGUCCAUGAACGCAGCCGGUCUCGUCACGUCCUCCUACGCCAUCACCAAGCGCGACUACCCAACCAUCAAGGGUCGCCAGAUGAGCGCCCAGGGCUUCCCGAACUUCAUCAACGACUUCUACGACGACGAGGGUUGGUGGGCGCUCGGCCUCAUCCGAGCGUACGACAUCACGACCGACCAGGACUACCUCGACAUGGCCAAGCGCAUCUUUGCCGAUAUGCAGGGCGGCGGAAACACCAACUGCAACGGCGGCAUCUACUGGAGCAAGGACCGCAAGUACGUCAACGCCAUCGCCAACGAGCUCUACCUCGCCGUCGCCGCCUCGCUCGCCAACCGCGUCCCCAGCAACGCCGACUACCUCAACAUCGCAAAGUCCCAGUGGACGUGGUUCAAGGCCAGCGGCAUGAUCAACAGCGCCGGCACCAUCAACGACGGCCUCGACGGCAACUGCAAGAACAACGGCGCCAACGUCUGGUCCUACAACCAGGGCGUCGUCCUCGGCGGCCUCGUCGAGCUCAGCCGCGCUACCGGCGACAAGUCCGUCCUGACAGAUGCCACCAACAUCGCCAAGGCCGCCAUCAAGGCGCUGACCGACAGCAACGGCAUCCUCCACGACACGUGCGAGCCCAACUGCGGUUCCGACGGAAACCAGUUCAAGGGCAUCUUCAACCGCAACCUGCGGUACCUGCAGGCCGUCGCGCCCUCUGACGACUUCAAGACGUUCCUCAUCAAGAACGCCGACAGCAACUGGUCCAAGAACCGCGACACCGCGGGCAAGCUCGGCGUCGUCUGGUCGGGCCCCGUCCAGGGAGUCUCCGGCCCGACUCACAGCUCGGCGUUGGACUCCAUUGUUGCCGCUAUUGCCGUCGCAUAA